UCAACACUGUCAUGGCAGCGCCCUCGUGUCAGGCGUGUUUGUAAUCUGCAGUAAAAAUACUUCCACCCUUCAAGAAACUACAGUUUAUUGAGGAAAUUGAAGCCAAUAAGAUGAAGUCGAAAAAGUCCGGGGUGCAAAAACGAGCAAAGCGAGGCAUUCAUGUGAAAGGUCAAUGGAAAGCAGUAGAACUCGACCCAAGUCUGUUCUCCGAGGAGGGGAUGGAGGGUCUGGUGUGUUUUGAAGAACUGACAAAUUAUCGUCUGAUUGACCCUGAAAAGACUGCAGUUGAAGCAGCCAAAGCGCUGGCAAAAAAGGAAAAGAAAAAAGCCCAAAAGAGAAAGUCAAGCGAGACCGAGGAGAAGGAGGCGGUGGAGGGAGAAGAGAGUGUUACAGCUGAAACACCAAAGAAAAAAGCAAAGAAGAAGCCGAAGAAAAAGAAGAAACAGUCUGGGGAGGAAACUGCUCAAAUAGAUCCACUUUCUACAGAAGAUGUGACACAAACAACUGUAGCUGCAGAUGAGAAUAAAAUAGUGGAUGAGGCUGUAAAAGGUGACACUCUGGAAGAGUCAGCUGUCAGCUCUGAACAGAACACCCAAUCAAAACCUGCUGAGAAGAAGAAGAAGAAGAACAAGAAGAAGAAGAAGAAACAGAUGCAGCAGGUCGAAAGCAAUGCAGUUCCAGAGGGGCAACCAGAGGACUCUCCAUUAGAUGAUCAGACAGUGGAAAAAGAAAAAGCUUCUAAAGACAAACAAUCAAAGCUCCCCAAAAAGCAGGUGAAGAAUUGGACGAAUGCUGCUCUUUCUGGCUCCAAUGACAAAAAUAGUGACGUAAGCGCAUGGAAAGAUCUGUUUGUUCCUGCUCCUGUGUUAAAGGCACUGAGUUGUCUUGGAUUUAGUUCACCGACCCCUAUCCAAGCUCUGGCAUUACCUCCGGCUAUCAGAGAUCACAUGGAUAUUUUAGGUGCAGCUGAGACAGGUAGUGGAAAAACGCUGGCAUUUGGCAUUCCCAUGAUCCACACUGUCUUGGAGUGGAGGAAUCAUUCAGAUAAAUCUGUUGAUGAGGACACUGCACAACCCAAAAAGGUGGAGAGCUUGUAUCUUCAAGAUGACCCCACAACUUCAGAAACUGUAGUCAGUACUUCCAGCCUAAGUAAUGAAUCCACAUCCAAACAUGGUGAAGAAGAGGAGGAUGAUGGUGACGCAGAAGAAGAACCUAAUGAGGAAGAUGAUAGUAUUGAUGAAGCAGAUGAAGACCAGACAGUUGGAUGUGUUAAAGUUGUUGACAAUGCUGAGUUUGACUUUGAUCCCACUGCUGAAGCUGAAGAAAAAGUACCCAGUCAACAACAACCUCUGCUCGGUCUGGUCCUCACUCCCACCAGGGAACUGGCAGUUCAGGUCAAGCACCAUAUAGAUGCAGUGGCAAAAUUCACUGAUAUCAAAACAGCGAUAGUUGUGGGUGGAUUGGCCCAAGAAAAACAGAGGAGGAUGCUAAAGCACAGACCAGAGAUCAUUAUUGCCACUCCAGGGCGUCUAUGGGAGCUGAUCAAGGAGAGACAUCCACAUCUGCUGAACCUCAGACAGCUCAGGUGUCUGGUCAUUGAUGAAGCAGAUCGUAUGGUAGAAAGAGGCCACUUUGCUGAGCUGGAGAGUCUGCUGGAGAUGCUGCACACUGUGCACUUCAAUCCCACGAGGCAAAUGUUUGUGUUCUCUGCCACUUUAACCAUGGUUUACAGCCUUCCUACCCGCGUCUUACAGAAGAGGAAGAGUCUGGACCAGCGCAGUAAACUGGAAAUUCUCAUGGAGAAAGUUGGGAUUAAAUCGAAACCAAAAAUCAUUGACUUGACCAGGAAGGAGGCAACUGUGGAAACGCUGACUGAAACAAGGAUCCACUGUCAGAAGGAAGAGAAGGACUUCUUCCUCUAUUAUUUCCUGCUCCAGUACCCUGGACGCACCAUGGUGUUUGCUAACAGCAUAGACUGUAUCAAGAGGCUUAACUCCCUCCUAAUAAUCAUGGAUUGUAAUCCACUGCCUCUGCAUGCCAAUAUGCACCAGAAACAACGCCUGAAAAACCUGGAAAGAUUUGCUGAGAGGGAGAGUUGUGUUCUUCUGACGACUGAUGUGGCAGCAAGAGGACUGGAUAUCCCCAAUGUGCAGCAUGUUAUUCAUUACCAGGUGCCCAGGACCUCUGAGACAUACGUCCAUCGUAGCGGCAGAACAGCAAGAGCAACCAAAGAGGGCCUCAGUUUGCUGCUCAUUGGUCCAGAUGACAUGAUGAACUUCAAAAAGAUUUACAGAACUCUUGGGAAGGAUGAGGAGCUGCCAAUGUUCCCCAUAGAGACAAAAUGCAUGGAGGCCAUCAAGGAACGGGUAAACUUGGCCAGAAAAAUAGAAAAGAUUGAGUUCCACAAUAGCAGGCAGAAGCAGCACAACUCCUGGUUAAGACAAGCAGCGGACGCCCUGGAGGUAGAGCUGGAUGAGGAUCUUUUAAUGGGUAAAGACAGAGAUGAAGAAACCGACAGACAGCAGCAGAGGAUGGUGAAAGAGAUGAAAAAACACUUGAAGCAUUUGAUCUCCCAGCCUGUGUUUAAGAGUGUGAUGAAGACCAAGUACCCAACUCAGAUGGGAAAAUUCCCCCUGCAUCAGAUGGCUCUACCCGGGAAAGAAAGUGCUCUAAAAAGAGUUUCAACAGAAAAGCAGAGGAAUAAAAAUGUGCUGGCAAGGAGAAAACAAAAGAAAGAACAGAAGCAAUGAUAUGGUAAUGAAAAUGUGUAUUAAAUAAGGUCGUUUUCACAAGGUUUAUGUAAUUUUUACACAAAAUUAUUUUAAACUAAAAAAAUCUUUACUUAUUGUGAAGUCAGAAUCUUUGUAAAAGCAUUGUUUAUUAGCUGUAUGCAGCAAAGAUGUA